AUGGCUGCGGCUCUGCUGCUGCUGCUGCCGCUGCUGCCGGUGGCGUGGAGCGAGAACGUCGAGGUGCUCUGCGCCGGCACCGCCUGCUACACGCUGCACCGGGAUGAGCUGGGCUGGAACGGCGCCCAGGAGCGCUGCCAACACAACGGCGGUAACCUGGCUCCGGCAGGCAGCGCGGCCGAGGCCGAGCGGCUGGGGCAGCUGAUGGCAGCCAGCGCGGCCGGCGCAGCCUGGAUCGGGCUGCGGCUGGAGCGUGGCCACUGCAUGCAGCCCCAGGAGCCGCUGCGGGGCUUCACCUGGGUGGCCGGUGGGGAGCCCGGCAACUACUCGGCCUGGCUGGCCGAGCCCCAGGUCACCUGCCUCAGCACCCGCUGUGUCACCCUGCAGCCCGCAGGCCCCGACAGGACCCUGGGCUGGGUCGACCGCUCCUGCCGUGCCACGCUGCCUGCCUUCCUCUGCAAGUUCAGCUUCCAGGGGAUGUGCGGGCCCCUGUGGCUGGGGGGCCCUGGCCGGGUCAGCUAUGUGACACCCUUUGGGGUGCGCAGCCCCCGGCUGGUGGCAGCCCCCUUUGGCACGCUGGUGGAGGCAGUGUGCGAGGGGGCCAAGGACCCAGCCUUCACCCUCUGCAAGGGGCCGCUGGAGGGGGGCGGCUUCGCCUGGCACCCCCCCGGGCCCCUCUGCCCUGCCGGCUGUGCCCACAGCAAUGGGGGCUGCCAACAGCUGUGCCUGGAAGAGCCGGGGCAGCCCCUGCGAUGCGCUUGCCAGCCCGGCUACGUCUUGGGCCCCGACAUGGCCUCCUGCCUGCUGGAGGACGCCUGCCACUCCAACCCCUGCCAGGGGUCCUGCCAGCCCCGGCCUGGAGGCUUCGAGUGCAUCUGUGAGACCGGCUACGUCCUGGCACCCGACGGCCGCCGCUGCCUGGACGUGGAUGAGUGCCUGGAGGGGCCCUGCCAGCACGAGUGCCACAACACAGCCGGCAGCUUCACCUGCACCUGCCAGCCGGGCUACCGGCUGACAGGACCUGGUGGCCGCCACUGCCACGAUGAGGAUGAGUGCGCCCAGCCUGGCACCUGCCCCCAGCUCUGCCUCAACCUCCCCGGCUCCUUCCAGUGUGCCUGCCGACCUGGCUACCAGCCUGGUGGCGACGCCUGCCUGGAUGUGGACGAGUGCCUGCGGAACCCCUGCCCUGGGCCCUGCCGCAACCUGCCUGGGAGCUUUGAGUGCCUCUGCCCACCCGGCUUCCUCCCACAGGAGGAUAGACAUGGCUGCCGCGCCACCCCCACCGCCAGAGAGGAGCCUGCAGGCACCCCAGAGACCACCAGCAUCCUCCAAACAGCAGGCGCCUCGUGGACCACAAGCACUCGCAGCCCUUCUGCCACUCCUAGCAGGAUGAUGCUGCCAGCCCCCACAGCACUGGGGUCGGAUCACAGCCCCGAGCACGGCGCCGACGGCCCCCGGCUGCUCCUCUACUACAUCCUGGGCAGCCUGGUGGCCAUCCUGGUGCUGCUGGCCUUAGCCCUGGUCAUGCUGGCCUGCAGGAAGAGGGCAGCCAAGCGGGAGAAGCAGCCAGCCAAAAGUGCAGCGGACAACUACUGCUGGGUGCCCGAGCAGCCGGAGAGCCAUGGCGGGGCAGGCGGCGAGCGCAGGUAA